UAAUAGAUUUACGUUAAUGAGGGCGUUGCUCAACCAAGUUUCCGGGUAAAACAUCAUAUAAAUAGGCUCUUCUCCAAAUCAUAAGAUACAACUGCUUAGAAUGCGAUUCAUAUACGUUCUGCUCUUGGCCCUUCUCGGCUGCGUCCUGCUUGCCCAGCAGGGUUACGGCGCUACAGGCUCGAGCACUGAGAGCUCCUCGGAUAGCACCAGCUCCAGCUCCUCGGACACCACCACUACCGCGACCUCUUCCUCCGACACAACUGAAGCCUCAACCUCUUCCGACACGACCACAGUGGCCUCGUCUGCCACGACUACCACCACUUCUUCGUCCUCGUCUUCGUCCUCCAAAGCGGCCGCCCGUCGUCGCAGGGCCCGUCGUCGUCGCCUGGCCCGCCAACGACGCAGGCGCCAACAGCGCCAACGACGCCAACAACGCCGCCGCCAGCAGCAGCGCAGAAGACGCCAGCAAAGGCAGCGCAGGGGAUAG